AUGCAGAGUCUGUCGGUCUGAAGGAACUCCUGAGAAACCCCUCUAUCAUCCGUGUGUGUGUACUGGCAGUAUUAAAUUUAUUCAUCAGGAAUGCUUAGUUCAGUGGCUUAAACACAGCAGAAAAGAAUACUGUGAAUUAUGUAAGCACAGAUUUGCUUUCACACCAAUUUAUUCCCCAGAUAUGCCUUCGCGGCUUCCAAUCCAAGACAUCUUUGCUGGACUGGUUACGAGUAUUGGCACAGCAAUACGAUACUGGUUUCAUUAUACACUUGUGGCCUUUGCAUGGUUGGGAGUAGUACCUCUUACUGCAUGUCGUAUCUACAAGUGCUUGUUUACUGGCUCUGUGAGCUCACUACUGACACUGCCAUUAGAUAUUCUGUCAACGGAGAACUUACUGGCUGACUGUUUGCAGGGCUGCUUUGUGGUAACAUGUACUCUGUGUGCAUUUAUCAGCCUUGUUUGGUUACGUGAACAGAUCGUCCACGGAGGAGCACCACAGUGGUUGGAACAAAAUCAGCAACAGCCACUCAAUGGUGUUGGUCAACAAAAUGAGGCUCAGGCUGUUGUAAAUGGAGGUGUUGAAAACGCUGUGCUUGAUCAACCUGCUAACCCAGCUGCUGAGAAUGUAGUUGUAGGCGAGAACCCUGAAAUUCAAGAAGAACAAGUAGAUGAAGAAGAGGAGGAUAAUGAAGAUGAAGAAGAUGCUGUAGUAGAAGAUGCAGCAGAUGCAAACAAUGGAGCACAAGAUGACAUGAACUGGAAUGCUUUGGAAUGGGAUCGAGCAGCAGAAGAGCUUACUUGGGAGCGAAUGCUUGGACUCGAUGGAUCUCUAGUUUUUUUAGAACAUGUCUUUUGGGUGGUAUCUUUAAAUACGUUGUUCAUACUUGUGUUUGCAUUUUGUCCGUACCACAUUGGUCACUUCUCCAUUGUUGGCCUGGGCUUUGAGGAAUAUGUUCAAGCAUCUCACUUUGAAGGCCUGAUUACAACUAUAGUUGGAUAUGUUCUGCUAGCAGUGACUCUAAUUGUUUGUCAUGGUUUGGCAGCACUUGUUAAGUUCCAGCGAUCACGUCGUUUAUUAGGAGUUUGCUAUAUUGUCGUCAAGGUUUCCUUGUUAGUGGUGGUUGAAAUUGGUGUGUUUCCUCUCAUCUGUGGCUGGUGGCUAGAUAUAUGCUCUUUGGAGAUGUUUGAUGCCACUUUGAAAGAUAGAGAAUUGAGCUUUCAGUCUGCCCCAGGUACCACAAUGUUUCUGCACUGGUUAGUUGGAAUGGUUUACGUCUUUUAUUUUGCAUCCUUCAUUCUUUUACUGAGAGAGGUAUUGAGACCUGGUGUCUUGUGGUUUCUCAGGAAUUUGAAUGAUCCAGACUUUAAUCCUGUGCAGGAAAUGAUUCACUUGCCCAUUUAUAGACAUCUCAGGAGGUUUAUCUUGUCAGUGAUUGUCUUUGGAUCAAUUGUACUGCUCAUGCUCUGGCUUCCUAUACGUAUUAUUAAGUAUCUCCUGCCUAACUUUCUUCCAUAUAAUGUUAUGCUCUACAGUGAUGCUCCAGUAAGUGAACUUUCCCUAGAGCUCCUUUUGCUUCAGGUGGUGCUUCCAGCUUUGCUAGAACAAGGACAUACAAGACAGUGGUUGAAAGGUCUUGUACGAGCAUGGACUGUUACUGCUGGAUACUUGCUGGAUCUUCAUUCUUACUUACUUGGUGACCAGGAAGAGAAUGAAAACAAUGCAAACCAGCAGCCUAACAACCAGCAUGCUCGCAAUAAUAAUGCCAUUCCAGUUGUGGGAGAAGGUCUUCAUGCAGCUCAUCAAGCCAUACUUCAACAAGGAGGACCUGUGGGUUUCCAGCCUUAUCGUAGGCCUUUAAAAUUCCCGCUCAGGAUAUUUCUUUUGAUCGUUUUCAUGUGCAUAACAUUACUGAUUGCUAGUCUUAUCUGCCUUACCUUACCAGUGUUUGUGUUUUCAGUAUUUGCUGGCCGAUGGUUAAUGUCAUUUUGGACGGGGACUGCCAAAAUCCAUGAACUGUACACAGCUGCUUGUGGUCUUUAUGUCUGUUGGCUAACUAUCCGAGCAGUGACAGUGCUGGUCGCCUGGAUGCCACAGGGUCGUAGAGUGAUUUUUCAGAAGGUCAAAGAAUGGUCUCUCAUGAUAAUGAAGACAUUAAUAGUGGCUAUACUGCUAGCUGGUGUGGUUCCACUUUUGCUCGGUCUUCUGUUUGAACUGGUCAUCGUUGCACCUUUGAGAGUUCCUUUGGAUCAAACACCUCUCUUCUAUCCUUGGCAGGACUGGGCUCUUGGAGUUCUGCAUGCCAAAAUAAUUGCUGCCAUAACACUGAUGGGUCCCCAGUGGUGGCUGAAAACUGUUAUUGAACAGGUAUAUGCAAAUGGGAUUCGUAACAUUGAUUUACACUUCAUAAUCCGUAAACUGGCAGCACCCGUAAUCUCUGUUCUGUUACUUUCCCUGUGUGUACCGUACAUCAUAGCUUCUGGUGUUGUACCUUUAUUAGGAGUUACCCCUGAAAUGCAAAACCUAGUUCAGCGACGGAUCUAUCCCUUUCUGCUUAUGGUGGUGGUUUUGAUGGGAAUUCUCUCCUUCCAAGUCCGCCAGUUCAAGCGCCUUUAUGAACAUAUUAAAAAUGACAAGUACCUUGUUGGGCAACGACUUGUGAAUUACGAACGGAAGUCUGGUAAACAAGGCACAUCAACAACUCCACCUCAGUCUUCACAAGAAUAGAUGGUCACAUUAAACAUCUUGACCUUCCCUUUGCCUUUCCAUGUCCUUUUUUUCAUAGACUCUUCUUCAGUCUUUGGAUAUCUCCCCCAAUAAUACUCUCAGCAGUGUUUUGGCUUCUGUUAGUAGCAUCCAGAUAGCAGUCAAGGCUCUGCUCCUUAUCUGCAUUUUCUGAUGUUAUCAAUGCUGUCUGAGGUCUGUAUAUGUGUAAAUAGAAGUAUCCUGACACCCUAAAACCUUGGAUUAAAAAGAAUGUGCAUUGUACAUCUUUAAAAAAGUAUAUUAAUUUAUUAAAUCUAGUUGUCACUUUAUUUUGGACUGCUGUUCUGUUGACAAUGUGCCACAAAGCAAUAGUGCGAAGAGGCAAGAUGUUUUUAUAAAAUUUGGAGCUUACUUUAUGGUGUUCAUAACAGUUCUUACUGUAGUAAUAUAGUAUGAUUUUUUCAUGAGUGGAAAGGCCACACAGAGAAUAUCAAAAGUAAAUAACUGUCUUACAGUCAGCAAUGAAGUGGCUGUGGUGAGAA